CCCCCCCCCCCGGGCUGCACGAUGGUGAUCAAUACAGUCGUGAAAUGCUUCGACAUGGCAUGCACUGGAGGGAGCUGCUGCUGGCUCUGCAGAAUAUCAUUUUAAAUUUGGUUCCAGGCAUCAGAGUCGAGGUGUAGCCAUGGAGCUCCAUCUGCUGGAAAGCAUCUUUAACUGCUCACAACUAAAAUAGGUAUUUAGAACUUUCUCUGGGCUGCCAUUGCCUGAUAAAAGCUGCCAUGGCUUUUUGUAACGAGAGCCUCCUGGAGGAGUCUGAAUUCAUGGAGCCAGGUUUGGAGCAAAAUAUGGAGAUUAUCCGAUUAGAAGAUGUGCCUCCUUUCAUGUCGGCCUCUCUCCGUGUGACCCUGGCAGCAAUAAUGAUCUUCAUGAUCACUAUUGGUUUCCUUGGCAACGCAAUUGUGUGUCUGAUUGUUUACCAGAAACCUGCCAUGCGCUCUGCCAUCAAUCUCCUCCUGGCCACGCUGGCCUUCUCGGACAUCAUGCUCUCGCUGCUCUGCAUGCCCUUCACCGCUGUCACCGUGGCAACCGCCGACUGGACCUUUGGGAGCGGGUUCUGCAGAGCCUCCAUCAUGCUGUACUGGCUGUUUGUCCUGGAGGGAGUGUCCAUCCUCCUCAUCAUCAGUGUGGACCGCUUCCUCAUCAUCGUGCAGCGGCAGGACAAGCUGACCCCACACCGAGCCAAGGUGCUGAUAGCGGGUUCCUGGGUGCUCAGCCUGUGCGUGUCCCUGCCUGUUGUAGUAGGGUGGAGGACAGGUGCAGCACGGAUGGGUAGCACCUGGGCCCCGCAGUGUGUGCUGGGAUACAGUGAGUCCAUGGCGGAUCGUGGGUACACGGUGCUUUUAGCCGUAGCAGUCUUCUUUGUUCCGUUUGCCGUCAUGUUGUACUCUUACGUGUGCAUCCUCAACACCGUGCGCCGCAACACCCUACGCAUCCACAACCACACCAGCGAGCACUCCUGCCUCCCAGCUCUGAACCAGGUCAGCAAAAUGAGACUCACCGGGCUGCAGCGGCCGCCCCAGAUCAAGGUGGACAUGAGUUUCAAAACUCGAGCCUUCACCACCAUCCUCAUCCUCUUUGUGGGCUUCUCCGUGUGCUGGUUGCCUCACACAGUGGUCAGCCUGCUGGCUGUGUUCAGCCAUCAGUUCUACUACAGCCAUCUGUUCUACCCCAUCAGCAUCGGAGCGCUGUGGCUCAGCUACCUGAAGACGGUGUUCAACCCUGUCAUCUACUGCUGGAGGAUCCGGAAGUUCAGGGAGGCCUGCCAGGAGUUCAUUCCCAAAAGCUGUAGACUCUGUCCGCGGGUGUCAGGCAGGAGCCACAGGAGAGUGAGACCCAGCAACAUUUAUGUGUGCAGCGAGAGUCAGUCGUCGGUGUAGAAGGACCAGGUUCUGGCUCCGCUUCCAGCUGCUCUGAAACAAUGAGUUCACUUUAAAACUCUUUUAAAAACAUUAACUUUCAAAUAUUCUACUUUUCUAUGUUAACAUCACACAAAUGCUCAGAGCUUGUAGAAGUUAAGAAAGGACAUAAAGAGACUGUUUACUCCAUCUCAUGAGGAGCUGCCACUGGAUAUAUCUAAGUUUUUCUGCUGUUUGGUUUUAUAAACCAACAUUUUCACUCUGUUUACUCAUUUUUGACAAACUGCUGCAUCCUUUGUUUGCUUGUGUCUAAGUUGUUGUAAACUAUGAGCUCAGUGUCUUACUAUCAAUAAGGGUGAAGAUGGGUGACGAGCUUUCUACAAAAGGUACAAUUACCUCCAGUGAGAAACAAAAAGCUGGUAAAAAGGUUAUUAAAAAUGCAAUAUUUUAUCAGCUCAAACUGUUCUUGUUUACAUGGAUUCAUAAGGAUGGUGCCUGUGAAAUAAAGAUUUAAAAUAAAUC